UCAAUUUUUAUGUUUUAGAGUCAAAGGAUGUUCAGCCUCUGAUUUCUGUGGUAGCUGUGUCAGGCUACAAGUACAAUGUUGUGAGAUAUUUUGUAGGAUGACACCGGCAGCCUUUGUCUUGCUUGGACCAGGCCUAACGGGAGCCCUGGAAGCCAAGAGCUGUAUGUUUUUAACUUGACCUCACUCACCAAGUCCGAAAAUAUCUUGUCAGCUUCAGUGUAUUAUUAUAUUGGUGAUCUGCUGAACGCUAGCUGCAACUGCUCCCGAUCCAGAGACUGCUCUCGGCACAGGCACAGGAAACCCGAAAUUCAGAUUCAGCUUUCAGUUUGGACCAUUCCUUCUGUUGGGAACCAGACUCGCAGCCUGGGACAUUUCCUAAUAAAUGUCUCCGCUGGGUGCGGGGAUGUCCUUUCCUGGCAGUGGAAGGAUAUCACUCAGGUCCUGCAUGAGGCAAAACAAAACAAUGAGCUUCUGAUCAGCGUCAAAAUGGAUGUGAGCAGCCAUCACCCCUGGAAAAGAGCACCUUCUUGCCAUGAACCCUACAUUUUGGUAUAUGCCAAUGAUUCUGCCAUUUCAGAGCCAGAGAGUGUUGUCUCUAGUUUGCAAGGGCACCGUAAUCCCCUGGUGAGGAUCUUCCCCAGGACAGAAAACCAUGUAAAGAGUGGCCUCAGCAAGCGGCGGCGGAAACGCGCCACAAACGUCCUGUUGCCGUUGCAGAAUAAUGAGCUUCCAGGGGCCGAGUACCAGUACAACGAGGAUGAGCGAUGGGAGGACAGGAAACCCUACCAAACCCUCCAGCCACGGCUGGCAGAGAGGGCAAAGAGUAAGAAAAAGCAGAGGAAGAACCAUCACCAGAAGAGCCAGACUCUCCAGUUUGACGAGCAAACCUUGAAGAACGCAAGGAGGAAGCAGUGGAAUGAGCCGCGGUACUGCGCCCGGCGCUAUCUCAAGGUGGAUUUUGCAGACAUCGGCUGGAGCGAGUGGAUUAUUUCCCCUAAAUCCUUUGAUGCCUAUUACUGCUCGGGAGAAUGCCAGUUUCCCAUUCCAAAGGCCUUGAAGCCCUCAAACCAUGCCACCAUACAGAGCAUAGUGAGAGCAGUUGGAGUGGUACCCGGCAUUCCCGAGCCUUGCUGUGUCCCUGACAAAAUGUCUUCUCUCAGCAUCCUGUUCUUCGAUGAAAACAAGAAUGUGGUUCUCAAGGUCUACCCCAAUAUGACAGUGGAGUCCUGUGCAUGCAGAUAACAUUUCAGUGGACCCCUUUGAAAUGCUGAGGUGAUCGGUUACUAUUUUAUUAUUGUUUUUCAUGAUUUCUACUUUUUGUUUGCACUGCCAAUGCAUUUCAUUCUGAAAA